AAGGAAGCGACCGAGAAUCUGAAAGACCGACAAGCUUGCUGUGAUUUGGCCUUCAAGAAGCUCCGCGACCAUCGGGACUACUAUCACCGAAGCCUCGCACCUUACUUCAAGAAACGCGAAGAUCGCCCUCGCAAAGAGGUACAGCAGGACUUUGACAAUCUCCAUCUAUCAGCAGGCCAGAAAAUCACGGCGGAGAUUAAAGCGGCCCAGGAGGCUCUACGUCUGGCGAAACAGAACGCAAAAGCACUGGGAGUAUGGAUCUCUGCCAACCAAACGUCGCAAUUUGGUGAUCAUCCUGAUGAUGGUUACCGAGACAUAGAUGACAGAGCAUGGAUUUCUGACGUUGGUCGGGAGAUCAUCGAGAACUGGAUGGAU